GCAUUUUGCUCGGUUAAAGUUCGUUCCCGCAGUAGGUUUUAGAAUAACGAGCGUGACUUCAAAGCAAACAGAAGGAUUUCAGGUGGUGCUAAUUUCAAGGUUAUGGCUGUUCCGCAUUUCAGUAGACAUCGCUUCACACGAAUGAUUGCAUAUAUAACUCUUCUACACGUGGCAGACAGUGAGGAAGCAGAACGAAGGCCAUUUUUUAUUAUAGGCCAUAUGGCGAACUCCAUAGCAGACGCGGAAACACUCAUGACGAAAGGCGCCAACUCACUUGAGGUGGACGUUCGGUUCGCAAGCAACGGCACAGCGAGCCGAGUCUACCACGGAUUUCCCUGUGACUGCUUGCGUGAGUGCGAUGGCGAGACAACAUUCACGGAAUAUUUGGACUACAUCCACAGUGUGACCAGCGUUGAUGGGGCGAAGUACAAGGACAAACUGCUGUUGCUCUACCUUGACUUGAAGACGUCAGACAUCGCUGAUAACCGGAAGUAUGACGCUGGAACAGACGUCGCUAACAAGCUUAUUCGACAUCUGUGGGUAAAUGUUUCAGCCACCAGCGCCCUCAACGUCCUGCUGUACGUAAGCAGCACUGAUGACAGCGAACUCUUUCAUGGGGCCUUAGACACAUUGGCCAAAGCGGAAGACGCAGAGCACUGGAUGGAACUAGUCGGGUUUGAUUUUGGCACGUACCGACACCCGGAAGAAAUUAGCAAAGCAUUCGUCCAGCUAGAUAUCAACGGCCACUGCUGGCAAGGUGGCGGAAUUACCAACUGCCUCGUGGAUUUCCUGGGGAACUUCCAGCUGCCGGGAAUUGUGGCGGCCCGUGACGGUGGCGGCUACGUCGACAAAGCUUACGCGUGGACAGUCGACGACCCUCCUACUAUCAAACGCUUCAUCAAGAUUGGCAUCGAUGGAAUGAUCACGAAUAGACCGGACAAUGUGCUCAAAGUCAUCGGAAAAAGCGAGAUCGCGGCCCUCGUGCGACCGGCAGGACCAGAAGACAGUCCCUGGAGUCGCAUACGAGUCAAGUCAUAAGCUGCAAAGAAAUGAUGUUGUGAUUUACGGCACUCAAUUGCCCUUGCUAAAUCUAACAAAGUAUAUCCCUGGGAAUGCGUACCGUAUUAUGUUAGUUCCGCGAUCAUGUGCUAUCGACUGUAGGAGGAAGCGAAAAUAAAAGGUGAGAGACAGAGAUGUUAACCAGAUCAAGAGUCCGGUUGGCUUCCCUGCGCAGGGGUAUUACGUAAGGGGAAGAAAAGAUAAGAAA